UGACACAGGGACUGGGACAGCUCUGCCCUGUGAGAAACAGACAUGGUGCCCCUGCUGCUGCUGCCGCUGCUGUGGGGGGAGUCCCUGCAGAAGAAGGAAGGCUAUGAGCUCCAAGUGCAGGAAUCUGUGACGGUGCAGGAGGGUCUGUGUGUCCAUGUGCCCUGCUCCUUUUCCUACCAGCGGAGUUCGUGGCUUUCCUUUAAUGAACUCUACAUCUCCUGGUACCGGAGUGAGGACCACACAGACUACACUGAUCCUGUGGCUACAAACAACCAAUAUAAACAAGUGAAGAAACAGACUGAGGGCCGAUUCCUCUUCACAGACCCCAGGACCAAUGACUGUUCCCUGAGCAUCAGAGAUGCCAGGAAGAGUGACACAGGAACCUACAUCUUCCAAGUGGAGACUGGAUAUUAUGAGGAAUAUAUUUACCAAGAUAAGAAGCUGACUUUGCAAGUGACAGACCUGACACAGAAACCUGACAUCCACAUUCGGGGGCCUCUGGAGUCUGGCCGCCCCACAAAGCUGAGCUGCAGCCUGCCAGGGUCCUGCAAAGGGGGAAGUCCUCUCAUUUACGCAUGGGUGGGGAGUGCUCUCGACUCUCUGAAUCCCAAGACCCUUCGCUCCUCUGUGCUCACCUUCACUCCAAAGCCCAGGGACCAUGGCACCACAGUCACCUGUCUGGUGACACUUGCAGGACCUGGGGUGACCACACAGGAAACCAUUCGACUCAAUGUGUCCUACGCUCUACAGAACCUCACCAUAGGCAUGUCCUACAGAAAUGUCACAGCAUUCAAGAUUCUGCAAAAUACCUCAUCUAUUCCCAUCCUGGAGGGCGAGGCUCUGCAGCUGCUCUGUGUGGCUGACAGCAACCCCCCUGCACAGCUGAGCUGGUUCUGGGGGACCCCGGCCUUGAACACCGCCCCUAUCUCCAGCACCUCGAUCCUGGAGCUGCCCCAUGUGGGGACUGGGGAAGAAGGACAGUUCACCUGCCAAGCUCAGCACCUGCUGGGCUCCCAAAGUAUCUCCCUCAGCAUCUCCGUGGUCUACCCCCCACAGCUGCUGGGGCCCUCCUGCUCCUGGAAGGACCAGGGUCUGCACUGCAGCUGCUCCUCCCGAGCCCAGCCGGCCCCCUUGCUUCACUGGCGUCUGGGGGAGGAGCUGCUGGAGGAGAACCCCAGCAAUGCCUCCUACACCAUCACCUCCUACUCUGCCGGGCCCUGGGCCAACAGCUCCCUGAGCCUCUGUGCAGGGCUCAACGCAGGCCUCAGGCUCAGCUGUGAGGUGAAGAACGUCCACGGGGCCCAGAGCGCCAGUGUCCUGCUGCUUCUGGGUUCCCAGCUAAACCUUGGGCCAGACGGGCCUCCAGACCUAGCGUCACCCACCAGGGAUGCCUCUCCAUUGAGAGAGGAACAGGAUAUCCAGUAUGCCAACCUCACCUUUCCUGGGAGGAAGCCGCAGGGGCCUCAGAACAAGAAGGCCACCACCAUCUGCCAGUACUCAGAGAUCAAGAAGAGAUGCCAAUGA